UACAUUUCUGAGCGGAGCUCGGGUUAGUUCACGGACGGUUCUCCAUCAGUUCGCCGGCUUUUUUCUGUGGUGUUUGAUCGAUCGCCAGUUGUGCUGUGAUCCUCUGCUAACGUUAAACGUUUUGUUCGUAAAUCGGUUUUUUUAUAUUUCUUUUUCGUGUGAGUUAAUUCGGAAAAAUCGUUGCUUUAAUUUGUUGUGUGAAAAAAUCUGUGAUAUUUCCUGUAUUUCAAAGAAAAGACUUACUAGUGUAGCCAAAACAAAACCAUAUCGGUAGUUUACAAAACCUGAACAAUAAGAGUAGUAUUUACAAAAACCCCCCACAAAGCUAAAUAAAGUAUGAUUCGAGGAGUUUCGACGCGUCUGGCCCUACUGAGCAAUGCCACCAAUGCAGUGAAGAAAUCGUGCCGCAAGCAAUGUGUUCAAGCCCUUAGUACAAAAAGUCAGUUUAAGUAUCUAGAGGACUACGUCUUCCCGCCGGAGAAUGGCUUCGAGCAGAACUCGCUGUACGGCAAAACGCUCCAGGUGCCACAUACCACGCUGGAGCAGUACGUGUGGGACAACUUCUCCCAGUGGGCCAACCGGACGGCUGUGGUAUGCGGCGCAACCGGAAGAAGCCUAACCUAUGGGCAGCUUCGGGACCACUGUGCAGCGUUGGCCAUUCGGCUUCAGCAAAAGUGCAAGCUUACCUUCGGCGACACCUUGGCCAUCUGCUUGCCGAAUUUGCCCGAGUUCCCGGCAGUGGCAUUUGGAGCCAUUGAGGCAGGCCUGGUGGUGACAACUAUCAACCCAAUCUACACCGCUGAGGAAAUCAGCAGACAACUGAUUGACAGCGAUUCCAAAAUCUUAUUCGGUACGGCAGCAAACUAUCCGGUAUUGAAGCAGGCAACCUCGCUGGCCAACAAGCAAAUCCCAAUUGUUUGCGUUCGUACCAGCCAGGAAGAUUGCAUUCCAGAUGGAGCCAUCGAUUAUGCUGAACUUGCAAACCCUACAGGAGUUCAUUUCAGCAACCUGAAGCGCCACUGUCGCCAUCCGGAUGAUGUAGUAUUCCUGCCCUACUCGUCUGGCACCACUGGUCUACCGAAAGGCGUGGAGCUCACCCACACCAAUAUCAUCUCGAACAGCGAAAUGCUCAAAGUGAAGGCAGGAUGCUCUACCGUUGUGCUGCCCACGACGGACACCUUCCAGGACGUUCUACCAUGUGUCCUACCGUUCUUCCACAUCUACGGACUUACGGUGACACUGAUCUCGAAGCUGCAGCAAGGAUGUAAACUUAUCACACUUCCUGCAUUCCGGCCGGAUACGUUCCUGAACUCACUUACCGUGCAUAAGGGAUCGGUCUUGCAUUUGGUGCCUCCAAUAAUCCUCUUCCUGAGUGGCCACGAAAUGGUCAAACCGGAACAUCUGGAAUCAGUGCGCAACAUCUUCUCCGGCGCAGCACCAAUGGGAGCACCCGAUGCCGAGCGGUUGAUCGCUAAGGCACCUCAAAUCCGCUUUGCUCAAGGUUACGGCCUCACGGAAUCAUCUCCAGUGGUGCUGAUCGGUGCAAUGGGAUCGAAGAACUACUCUUCCGUCGGAUCGCCUCCACCAAGAACCCAGGCUAAAAUCGUAGCGUUGAACGACCCAACCAAUACGGCUCUCGGACCUAACCAGAACGGCGAGCUGCUCGUUCGCGGACCGCAGGUCAUGAAGGGCUAUCACAACAACAAACAAGCCACGGAAGAAAUCUUCACCGAGGGCGGAUGGUUACGCACUGGGGACAUUGCCCAUUACGAUGAAGACCUCCAAUUCUACAUCACCGACCGGUUGAAGGAGCUGAUCAAAGUCAAGGGUUUCCAGGUUGCCCCGGCUGAGCUGGAAGAACUUCUACGCGAUCAUCCUUCCGUGGCCGAUGCGGCCGUCGUUGGUCAACCUCACCCUAUCUCCGGCGAAGUUCCACGCGCGUUCAUAGUGAAGAAGAAAAAUGCCAACAUCACCGAAGAGGACCUGAAGAAAUAUGUCGCCGAAAAGGUGGCUGUCUACAAAAAGCUUGAUGGCGGAGUGACCUUUUUGGACGCCAUUCCCAAGAAUGCGUCCGGAAAGAUUCUGCGGCGGCAGCUGAAAGAAGAGUAUUGCUCCUGAAUAGCGUAGCGUAAGAAUAGAGUGUAACUUUAGAGUUAGGACUGAGCAACGAUUUUAGUACUUCAUUCAUUGAUGCAAACUGUCUGUCAUUCCUUACGUUGGCGGUGCUGCAGUCAAGUAGCUAUCACAUGUGUAUCUAUAUCUCAUAAAUUCCAUAAACCCUCAGGCGGUCAAUCUGAUUAACUUAUACUCUGUUACUAAGGUGCGUAGAGUUAAGUAGUGUUGGAUGUGAUUGUUGUGUUUUUUUUAUUAUUAUUUUCUGAGGUAACGUCCAGCGGACACACCCCAGGCGACCGAAUUUUGAUAUUGAUGUAACAGUACGAAUACUGGUUUGUGAAGCAUUUUCAUGGUUAUCUAACUACAAUUUACAAUAAAAUGUUUUAUUAGAAACUGUAUAACUACUGAA